AUGGUCUCCAUCAAGAAUCUCGCCCUCCUCGCCCUCAGCACCCUCGCAGCCGCGUCCCCCAUGGAGCCUCGAAGCGAGAAAGAGGGCACGGUCAAGGUGUUCGGGGGAACAACCUGCGGUGACCUGGCGAACACCUACAGCUGGAUGGGCAGCGGCACCACCUCGCAGUGCUGGAAGGUCACCGACAUUGGCUCCUAUCAAGCGGUUGACAAUGGCUGCAAGACGAGCUUCUGGGGCAACGGUGACUGCACCGGCCAGAAGUGGACGGCCAAGAACAGCGACUGCAACAGCCUGGAGUUUGCCUCCCUUUCUAUCAAGUGCUAA